GCCUGCAUGUGGAAUAGUGUGCAGAAGAUAGAGCCAUGUCACAGUCCCAUUUCUCAUUUCAUCGGCUAUGAGCUCCAAGGAAGAUCCAUCGUCCCCUCACUACCAGCAAAGGACGCCGUCGCCAGCAGUGCCGAGACACCAAAGCAAAAGCUGGUGUCAAGAUUAUGCUAAUUAACUCCCAGGUCCCCAGUCUCUUGUUGCCUGGUGACAAAGUUUCACAGUUGAGGAGGAGGAACUGGCACGAACCGGGGAGCUUCAUGAGAAAUACAGCAAUGUCUAUCCUGUUCACUGCCUCUCUUCCAACCUGACCCUGACCUACAGAAUGACUCAAAUACAAAUUGUUGAAUGAAUGAAUGAGCAAUUGCUGUUGAAUAUUCAUUCCAUGCUGUGACUGGACAUGUUCCGUGAUAAGGAUAUGCCACCAUUUUUUCAUCCAUCCACCCACCAAAAGGUCCCUGGGUUGUUUUGGCAAUUAUGAAUAGAGCAGCUAAAGCACACAUGAUAUAUCUAGCAGUUUCUUGUGACUUUUCCCUCAAACCAAUCACCAACCAACAGAACAACACGCUUCAAACAUACACCCUUACUAAAAGAACAUGGCCAAGGGCGGGAAAGGCCCCAAGGGCAAGAAGAUCACCCUCAAUGUGGCCAAGAAUUGUAUCAAAAUCACAUUUGAUGGGAGAAAACGCCUUGACUUGAGCAAGAUGGGAAUUACCAACUUCCCCAAGUGCAUCCUGAGACUGACUGAUGUGGAUGAGCUCGACCUUAGCCGGAAUCUGAUCAGAAAAAUCCCUGAAUCAAUCUCCAAGUUCCAGAACCUGCGGUGGCUGGACCUGCACAGCAACUACCUCGACAAGCUUCCUGAGUCCAUCGGCCAGAUGACCACUCUGCUCUACCUCAAUGUCAGCAACAACAGGCUGACCACCAACGGGCUGCCUGUGGAGCUCAAUCAGCUCAAGAAUAUCCGCACUGUGAACCUAGGCUUGAACCAUCUGGACAGUGUGCCCACCACGCUGGGUGCUCUGAAGGAGCUCCAUGAGGUGGGGUUACAUGACAACCUGCUGACCAGCAUUCCCAAGAGCAUCUCUAAGCUCCCCAAGCUCAAAAAGCUCAACACAAAGCGAAACCCCUUUCCCAAGGCAGAGGAGUCAGAUACAUUCAUAGAUACCAUCAAGAGGCUGGACAACUUAUAUCUGGUAGAAGAGAAAGAUCUUUGUUCGAAUUGCCUCAGAAAAUGCCAACAAGCCCGGGACAAGCUGAACAAAAUCAAGACUAUGGCCACAAUGGCACCAAGAAAGGCCAUCUUUUCCAAUCUGGUCUCACCCAACUCCAUGGCCAAGGAUUCCCAGGAAGAUUGGAGGUGA